CGCGGCGCCAGGCGGUGGCGGAGGCGGGGCAGGCGGGCCGGUUGCUAAGACUUGGUGAGAAGCGCAGGGCUCCUCCCGUCUCGUCAGGUGGCUGCAACCUUCUGCCCCUGCCCUGUCUUCACAGCGGAAAUGUCAGGACGGGAGAACAACUUCCCCCCACUGCCCAAGUUCAUCCCCCUGAAGCCCUGCUUCUACCAGAACUUCUCCGACGAGAUCCCUAUCGAGCACCAGGUCUUGGUGAAGAGGAUCUACCGCCUGUGGCUGUUCUACUGCGCCACCCUGGGCGUCAACCUCGUCGCCUGCCUGGCCUGGUGGAUUGCCGGCGGCUCUGGAGCCAACUUCGGCCUGGCCCUGGUCUGGCUGUUGCUCUUCUCCCCCUGCGGCUACGUGUGCUGGUUCCGGCCUGCAUAUAAGGCCUUCCGGUCUGACAGCUCCUUCAAUUUCAUGGCGUUUUUCUUCAUCUUCGGAGCUCAGUUCAUCCUGGCCGUCAUCCAGGCUGUCGGCUUCUCGGGAUGGGGCGCGUGUGGUUGGCUGGCUGCGAUUGGGUUCUUCCAGACCAAUGUCGGGGCCGCCGUGGUCAUGCUGCUUCCGGCCAUCAUGUUCUCCGUGUCGGCCGCCAUGAUGGCCAUCACGAUCAUGAAGGUGCACAGCAUCUACCGCGGGACCGGCGGGAGCUUCCAGAAGGCGCAGACGGAGUGGAGCACAGGCGCCUGGCGGAAUCCGCCGUCCCGGGAGGCACAGCACAACAACUUCUCGGGGAGCAGCCUGCCUGAGUACCCCACCGUGCCCAGCUACCCGGCCAGCGGCAGCCAGUGGCCUUAGGGGGAGCCCGGCGGCCCCGCUGCCCGCCCUCCACCGGCCCACCUGCCCCUCGCCGUCCACUCCGCCCUGGGCUUGGUGGGGCCCCUCCGCCAGCCAGGAGGGCAGACCUGGGGGGCUCUCGGGGACCCGCCCCUGCGCUCACCUUACUCCCGAGAGCAGGGCUCCCUGCGAGCUCUGCCCAGAAGCUGUCCAGCCGCCGCUGUCCGGCAGAAGGACACCCCCUGUGGUCCUGAAUGCGUUUAGUCACCGUGAUGUCCACUGUGCUGCUGCCACACCCUCUCCCCUCGGGGUCUCGGGGGGCUGACCUGGGCCUUGCAGGUCAGAGGUGGGCCGGCUGCCCCCUUUACAGAACUCCGACGCAGAGAAGGGCCCGGCCCUGCGUCCACCCUCCCCGGCCUCCGUCCGGCUGGUCGCCCGCGGCCCAGCUUCCAGUAAGAGGGAAAGAGGGAGGCCUUCCCGGCACCAGGUUCCGGUCCCUGGUGGGAGACGGAGGGGCUCGACGGUAGCGGGGUCCUCCAUAUGUUUGUCCUCUUGUGGACUCGCUUGCCUCAGUGCCACGAUCUGAGCUUCACCCCGUCUGGCUGGCUGUCCGUCUGUCCAUUGGCAGCUUGCCUCCCGUCCCCCUGCCCAUGGCCACGCUCAUUCCGAGACGCUCUCAUCCCCCCCGGAGGGGUCUUAGAGCUGGGACCCUCAGGCAGGACCUCGUCAGAUCUGAAACCUGGGACCAAACCCG